AUGCCCCGCCAAUAUGACAAGAAUAUGACUACUGCCAAAAAGGCCGCCGAAGUGGUAUUUGCCGCCCAGCAACGGGCUAGCCACUUUGAUCGGGCUGGCAAGCAGAUAUCUGCUAUAUCUAUCCGCAAGGUUGCCCGGCAGUAUGGCGUAUCUAAUACGUCUAUUCACCGGCAUCUCCAGGCCCUUCGGGCUAGCCAUAACCUCCAGGCAAGCCCACCAGCUACCCUUGGCCGGCCCCGGGCAUUAACGGACGCCAAAGACGCGGCUCUUACGGCCUUCGUCAUAUGGCUUGCCGAAGCUGGCUUCCCGGCCUUGCCGAUACAGGUCGAGGAAACGGCCAACUACCUCCGUGACCUCCAGGGUAUCCGCCCCGUCUCGGAGCACUUUGUCCACACCUGGCUCGCCGACCACCCAGAGCUUCAAAAGAAGUCCACCAUUAAGCCGGUUGAGCUAUACCGGAAGGGAGCAGAGCUAGAUCCGGCCCCAAUAAAGGACUUCUUUGCCCAGUACCGGGCAAUCGUACAGGAGUAUGACCUUAGCCCUUCUGAUAUCUGGAACGCCAAUGAGUCCAGGUGCUGGAUCGGCUGCCUUAGUAGCCGGAUACACGUGAUACUGCUUCAGCAGCCACCAAAAUAUAACUGCCUGCCAGAGGUUAUUGAUCCUACAAAUCAAGAGUCAUUAUACCAGGAUAUCUGA